AUGGAUUCAACAAGCGGUAGCAGCGCGGCGUCCGAGGAAGACGAAACCGUCCGCUUUGCGCUUCUCAGAGCCGGAGUCCUGGGGUUAAUCUUUGUGCUUGCAACAUGUGGAAACCUUUUCUUCUUAGUCACCCUUUGGAAAAGGAGGAAGAGGAAUUCUCGGACCCAGCUCUUCCUCCUGCAUCUGUGCUUUGCGGAUCUGGUGGUGGCCUUUUUCCAAGUCCUGCCGCAGCUCUCCAUAGAAAUUACGCACAGGUUUCGCGGGACGGACUUCCUCUGCCGCCUCGUAAAAUACCUACAGGUGGUCGGGAUGUUCGCCUCUGCCUAUAUGAUAGUGGCCAUGGCUAUAGACCGCUACCAUGCAGUUUGUAUGCCUAUGGUUUCCUUUCUAGAGGGCUCUUUCAGAAGGUACGUCUCCAUUGGCGCAGCGUGGCUCAUCUCCCUGGUCUUCAGCUCUCCGCAGCUCUUCAUCUUCUCCCUCCAGGAGGUGGAAGUCAAUCUCUAUGACUGCUGGGCGACAUUCGUUGAACCCUGGGGGAGCAAGAUCUACAUCAGCUGGAUCACCCUUGCAGUGUUUGCUGUUCCUGCAGUUAUUCUGCUCUACUGCCAGAUGAGAAUAUGCACAACUAUCUACUUCAACAUGAAGAGGAAGGCUCUGCAGUCAGGACGCACAGGCACCAAGGGGGUCUCCAAUGCUAUGCUCAAAACAGUGAAGAUGACUUUUGUGAUUAUAAUGGCAUAUACAGUCUGCUGGAGUCCUUUCUUUGUUGUGCAGUUGUGGUCUGCAUGGAGCCCAAGCAGUGCCCCUACACAAGGUCCAAUAUUUUCAAUUAUCAUGCUGCUCGCCAGUCUCAACAGCUGCACCAACCCUUGGAUAUAUCUGUACUACAGCUGAAAAAACAGGCCUUAAAUGAAAGGAGUCAGAAGAAGAGAAAUAAUUAACAAGGUCUCUGAAAAAAUUCCCACCUGUGACA